AUUUUCUCUUUCCGGUUUUCCUGCCGUGAGAAGGUGGUCCACCCCGGGUAGAAAAACACCGUCCAGAAACGGAGAACGGCUAGAAAAAAGUUUGGAAAGCUUCUCAACACUUUCAGACGUGUGGUAAAAAAGCCGGCGUCAGGUGGACAAGUUGCCAUCGAAGUUGGAGGCGGAUUUGCGGUGUUCGUUUCGGGGACAGAAGUCGGGAAAGUGUGGGGUGAAAAUGGAGAGCCCAGCUGAGUGAGAGUGGGGUGAGGAGGCUGGAUUUGGCAGGAGCUGCUGCUAACAGGCUAAUUAGCAUGGUCCCACACUCCUCCGCUUCACUCAACCAUAGCCAAGAAUUCUCCAUGGGGGGCUGUUCAGUCCGUGGCCAGACUGUCGUGGACUCCGAAGCGUUUCCUGAUGGAUCAGAGGACGAUUGAUGACUGGAUUUCCCUGGGAACAUCUUCCUGAGGACAACGUCUCAGUGAGACUCGCUGUCCCGAUUGGUUGUUUCUGUGCCGUCGGCCUCCGUGGUGUUUGUGCUGAUGCGUUCUUCCUUACCGGGCGCCUGGUAGGUUCCCUGAAGGGCUUCUGGGUCUUCCUGCCAGCUGAUUGGACAGGCAAGGAAGCUGAGACUGAAAAAGAAGAACAGCACAACAAAGAACAAGUAAUCCUCCCAGGAGUCGGCAUACGCACGGUGCACAAUGUUUUCCUGACUAUCUGGGAGGUGUUAAGGUGUUAUGUCCAUGGAGCGUAGUCGCUGAUGCCAGCUCAUCUGGACUUGGAUGGGAGUGAUCGGCCGUAUUCCUGAGCGUCUGUCUGAGCGUGGCUACAGCCUGGCUGUUGGAUGUCCGCGGUCCGUUGAGUCAGGUGUCGCGGUGAUGAGGCAGGACUCCUGGUGGCCUGUGAGGCUGGCUGGGCUGCAGCCCCAGGUGAUGUGAUGGGGUGCCGGAACAGCAAGGUCCUCCCUGAGCCUCCAGGGGAUGUUCAUUUGGACCUGGUCAAAAAGGUUGAUCCCCAGCCGCCUCAGACAGAUAUCUAUAAGCACUUCAUUCGAGGGGAUGGCACUGCAAGUAAGACGGGGGAGGCCGGCGGCGUGGCAGCCGAGAAGCCAGACCUCGCCGGCGCGUAUCCUGGCCAGGCACAGGCCGCCUCUCCCACUUCCGCGCUGGCUCAGACCCCCAAAGACCCGUCCAAACUGUCGGACCCCCAGCGAAAGAAGGUGGCCAAGUACCGAGCCAAGUUCGACCCCCGAGUCACGGCCAAGUACGAGAUAAAGGCCCUGAUAGGGCGCGGGAGUUUCAGCCGGGUGGUGCGCGUGGAGCACAAGAGCACGCGGCAGCCGUACGCCAUAAAGAUGAUCGAGACGCGCUACCGCGAGGGGAGGGAGGUGUGCGAGUCGGAGCUGUGCGUCCUGCGCCGGGUCCGGCACACCAACAUCAUCCAGCUGAUGGAGGUGUUCGAGACGGCAGAGCGCGUCUACAUGGUGAUGGAGCUGGCCACGGGCGGGGAGCUGUUCGACCGCAUCAUCGCCCGCGGCUCCUUCACGGAGCGGGACGCCACGCGCGUGCUGCAGAUGGUGCUGGACGGCGUGAAGUACCUCCACGCUCUGGGGAUCACGCACCGGGACCUGAAGCCGGAGAACCUGCUGUACUACCACCCCGGAGCCGACUCCAAGAUCAUCAUCACCGACUUCGGCCUGGCCAGCAGCAGGAAGAAGGGAGACGAGUGUCUGAUGAAGACCACGUGCGGCACGCCGGAGUACAUCGCCCCGGAGAUCCUGGUGAGGAAGCCCUACACGAACGCCGUGGACAUGUGGGCGCUGGGGGUGAUAUCCUACAUCCUGCUGAGCGGAACCAUGCCCUUCGAGGACGACAACCGCAUGAGGCUCUACCGGCAGAUCCUGAAGGGGAAGUACAGCUUCUCCGGAGAGCCGUGGCCCAGCGUGUCCAACCUGGCGAAAGACUUCGUCGAGCGGAUCCUGACGGUGGACCCGAGCGAGCGGCUGACGGCGGGCCAGGCCCUCAAGCACCCCUGGAUCAUCAGCAUGGCGGCCGCCUCGUCCAUGAAGAACCUGCAGCGCUGCAUCUCUCAGAACCUGCUGAAGCGCGCCUCCUCGCGCUGCCAGAGCACCAAGUCGGCCCAGUCCACGCGCUCCAGCCGCUCCACCAAGUCCAACAAAGCGCGCAGGGUGCGGGAGAAGGAGCUGCGCGAGCUGAACCGCCGCUAUCAGCAGCACUACAACGGCUGAAGGAUCUGCUGCGCUCGUUUGACUCACAAAAUGCCGAUCGUGGACACCGGCAGUGAUAAAAGCCAAAAAAACGCCUGAAGGACGUUGAUUUAAACCUUCCUAACAUUUCAAAGUGCUGAAACAGGACAUUACGAAAAUGAUGAAGACACAGGUUGGACCGUUUGGUUGUUUCUUCUCCAUCUGCGUUAUUUAUUUAUUAUUGUGAUUUAUAAAUCUCCAUUCAAACGGUCACUGGGUAAUGACCUUCCAAAUGGAUCUGUUGAACAGAGUUCUGGACGCCGACGUUUCUAAGAAGCAAGACGUGUUCUUUGAAGUAGGGAGAAACAAAUUGUCCCUUUUUUUUUUUUUUUUUUUCGUUUCUGAUCAAAAGUGCUGUGAAUUUAUUAUUGAACUCUUUGUACAGUCCUGGCGAUGUUGUCAGUAAUCCGAUUACAGUGAAACAGAAUCACCGCCUGAAGGAUAAAAGCAAGGCGUGUUUUCAGUUUCAACCUGUUUUAGAAGAUUGUGAAUCCGUUAAGGUUAAAGCUUUGUAAGUUUAUUUUAAAAGCUUAUUUUAGAAGUUUAUUGAACUCUAAAAUGCUCCCCAUCCUCUCAGCUCAUGCUGUCAAAUGUCAUAUGAAGCAAACGCCUGCACCUGUGUGUGCGGCACAUGGUAAAAGAAGGAAAUGGCGUUCACAGGAACUUGCUGACUCGCUAAAAGUUAAAUACUUUUUUGGUGUUGUGAUGGACAUAUGAAGGCGUCUUAUUACCUAUCACAGGUUCAUUUAAAAUAUUUCAUAAAGUCCAAGAAUUUGGUUCUUAGACUUUUUUAAAAUGUAAAACUUUUGGUACACCAGCGCCCUCUAGUGUUCUGUAGACAAAACACAAUUUAACUCAAACUUCCAGGGGUCAAUUCCUAUUUUUCUUUUUAAACUGGGUUCUGUUGAGAUUAUCAGCAGUCAGUCUUCCUGUUAACAAUCCUCAUGAUGUAUUUAAUCAUUCUGGAUAAAUACAAAUGAGGGUUUUGCACCAGUGAUCGGCAAAAUGUAUUUAGCCCUAGUAAAAAAUAAAUAGAAAACAAUUCAAAAUAAAAUUUUAAUACAGCAAACUUUCAAGUUGGCGUUGAAGAUACACUUUCUUGGGUUAUUUUUUUUAUAUAUAUAUUUAAGGAAUGUAGCCCAUUUUAAAAAGUACAGCACAUAAAUUGCAGCCUAAUGCUAUAAAAGGAGCCAAAUGUAUAAUUAUUGUCAUCCAGUUGUGAACUUUCUGUUUCAGUUUUCAGAUAGAAUAUGUGAUGAAAUUAGACUCUCCUAUAUCCUUUUAUAUAGAAAAUUAUUACUCAUUUUAUUUUCAUUUUUGAUCAAAAUUAUUUGGAGUCCAAUUAGUUUGUUUAUAUUGCCACAAUUUGCAAGGCAAAUGUCUCCAAGUCAUGUCCAAAGGUGCAGAAAUAAAAAUCAACUCGAUCCAAUUCAUAUCCAACCGAACCUGGUAUAGAGACAGAUUCAGUUGCAUAAAGUCAACUUUGUGUAUAACUGUGCAUUCAAAUCCAGUGGGUCGUAUAAUGCAAGGGGAUCAAAGCUAUCCAAGGAAGCAAGGUUGACUCACAAGCAGCUCAUGGCCUGCUGCUUUAUAAACUUUAAACCCUGUCAGGUUUGCAGUAAAUGAUUAUUGAAGAAAUAUAUUUAUCCAUAUAUAAUGUUUGUAACAAUGGCCAAAAUGAAAGAGUAGUUUUUAUGAUAUCAAGCGCCGUGCUGUGUAAUGUCCCGUUUAUUUAUAUAGUCCCAAUUCACAACUAAAUCUAAAGCAAAGUGUUUUACAAAACUGAAAUAGUUUAUAAUAAUAAAGUGUUGCUGUUGAGCUCUGGUUUUAAUGAUUUUUACUCUGUAAUGUUUGUCUUUUUUAUAUAGGAAUGUCAGACUGCUCCUUUUGCCAGCCGUCCAUAACUAUCUGGAGAUAACAUAGAUUAGUUGUCUGGUGAAAUUAGUGCUUGAUUAAAACUGGGUUUGAACACAGGAACGGUUCUUCCACGCUUUCCUGUUGUCAUAACUUCCAGGUUAGUGCCCUCAGAGAGGUAGCAGCGGCAGCCGUUUCUGUUUUCACUGUUUUUCACGGGUUUUUAUCAGCAUGCAUGCAUCAAGUCCAUGGAAAUGGGGAAAAAAUGUGUCCAGUGAAACUAAAAAAAUCAAAAAAUACUCUGAACUUUAGUCUGUUCAUGCCGUUUACUAACUGCACACUGCAAAAAGGGAACCAGAAGGAAGUAAAAUUUUCUUGAAAUUAGUAUAUUUUUCCUUGAUUUGAGCAGCGAAAUAAGACUAUUUGCCAAUGGAAGAAGUAGUUUUACCCCUAAAAUAAGAUAAUUGGGUAUCCUGCAGUUGAAAUAACAUGAUGGACAUGAAUUGUUCUUAUUUUAAGUGCAAAAAUCUCAUUCCAUUGGCUAAUAGUCUUAGUUACCUGUUCAAAUCGAGGACAAAUACACUAAUUUUAAUACAUUUUUGUUUACUUUUAGUUCCUGUUAUGCAGUGUGGAACAUGUCAUGAUGAAUUAUGGCAAAGCAAACUCCAGAUCUCUUUAUCUCUUUGAUGAGACCCGUCAAAAUCAAGAGCUCAUCUAGAGAUGAGAUAGUCUUUUAUCACAAUAAAAAAAUAUGUAUCUAGGUGAGAUCAUAAAAACUACAAGACAAUACAAGCUCCAUGUCUUUCAAAAUGACAAUCUCGCAAUCUUGCUAUCUUAAAAUAAUGAGAUUAUUUCACAAUAAGGUUAAAUUUGCAUCUUUAGAUGAGAUAAUGAAGUUCAUCACAUGAAGAAAUAAGUUAAUUACCAGUCAAACAACCUCAAGGUCUCAUCUUGACAUAAUUGGACCGUCAUGUCAGACCAAGUUGGCGAUCUUGUCUUUAGAUUAAAAAUGGUUAUAGCAGCAAAACAUGCUUCGUAUCUUGUUAUCUUGAACUUCUUAGGCCGUGUUAUGUUGAGGUAAAGAGAUAAUUGUGUCAAAAUCAGCUUGGAUCUUAUGCCUGGAUGAUGAUAAAACAAUACAGUUAUCACUGCAACACAAGCUUGAGAUAUCAUCACGAGACACUAAAAUGGUCGUGAAAAAACGUAAGACCGUGAAACGACCAGAUGAUGGGAUGAAGAUGCAAUUCUGAGACAUUUUGGGAUUACAAAAUAGUUUCCAUGCACAGCUUUGACGUUUUGAUCCCUCAGAUAUUGUAUUAAACCCCAAAAAACGUACCUUUCCUUUAUGCUCAGCCAUCCAGCCUGAAAGACUUUGUUGAAACUGAAACUUUUGAGUGUUUUUGAUUUUAAAGAAUAAUAUUUCUUUUUCAGAUGGUCUUAUUAUCAGAUAUUCUGGAACCUCACACACGGACAAACUAGCUUUAUUGGCUCUAAAGAUAAACCUGAUUAAUACGGCCUGAAUAAUUUCUAUUUUUAGUAAUUUGUUUGUGUAUAAACUCACUGUCCUCACAUGAUCUGGAACUGGACACACUGGUGAAUUAGGAAACAAAGCGUUGGUGUUGAAUAAGAACCUCCAGCUUUAUUUUCUUUUAUAGUUGUGGAAGUUAAAAACAAAUAAAAACCAUAGAAGCACUUCAUGUACAGUUAUUUUUUCCCCCACUUGGUUUACAGAUCUCAUCAGAUGCUGCUGCGAUGUUUCCCGGUGUUAAAUUAUCUAAUUGAGUCACGUCAGCUGACCUCGGGUUUUCCACAUUUUUUACUCCUUUGUGUUGUUUUAACCUAACGCUGUUGAUUAUUGUUAAAGAUGGGACCACAUGUAAAACUGGGCGUAAAAACUAGCGUCAGUGCCCUCAAAUUUCUUCUCUCUCUGAACCCAGAAUGUAUCCACCUUUGCUAUUAAAAGCAGCAUUUCUAGGUUGUGUUCUUAAAUAAAAACAUCUGCAACUAAAAAGCAGCUGUGCCAACAGCGUUUUAUGUGAAGGAUCUGUUGAAGGUGUUUCUCUGAAUGAAAAUAUUAUCUAAGUAAAGUCACAAAUAAAUACAUUAGACUUUAGGAGUUGCUUUAGUUAAAUUAGAAACAGUUUGAGGGCGUAAUGCUCUAAAGAAAUAUUCAAAUAAUUUUGUUUUCUGAAAGACUGCACAGUUUUUACAUUUUUAUGUUUCUGUGAUUUUGUGUAAAUGCUGUUUUUUUAAAAGGUAAUCACUUCGUUUCAACACUGUUAGCUGAAAUUCUUUCAGUUUUUUGUGUAUCACAAUGAUUAACUCUUUGAUUACUCUUCCUUUUAACUUUGUAGAUUUUUUAUUUUAUUUGUUUUUGCCAUUAAAGCAAUCAAACAACC